UGAGAGGGCGGAGGGACCGGAGGAGGCGGGCCCGGCCCUUCCCCCAGAGCCAGAGGGGAGGCGUCACCAGGGCGCAGGUGAAACUGACUCCGACCUAUCCCGGGAACUUUCGCUGCCGGGACUCGCCGAGAGAGGCCGGCGUCGAGCAGGGAGGCUUGAGAGCCGCCCUCACCCAUCCCAGCUGUGCGCGGGGGCUAAGCCCGGGGGCUUCUCCCUGGGGAUCCGCGGCCCUUUUGGCGCGCUCGGGGGCUGCAAGCAGCGCCAGCCUCAGCGGCUGAUGGAGGCGGGUGGCGCCGCCCCGGCGCAGGUGACACCCGACAGGCCAGGGUUUCGGCUGGCGGGGGAGAGCACAGGAAGGGCGAGACACAGAUACCCCGGGGUCAAGGGACGACAAGGCAGCGAUGGCCCGGGAGUUGAGCCAGGAGGCACUCCUGGACUUUCUAUGCCAGGCCGGGGGCCGAGUGACCAACGCCGCCUUGCUGAGCCACUUCAAGAGCUUUCUCCGAGACCCGGACGCGUCCCCCAGCCAGCACCAGCGCCGGCGAGAGCUCUUCAAGGGCUUUGUCAAUUCAGUCGCCGCAGUGCGUCAGGACCCCGACGGCACCAAGUACGUGGUGCUCAAGAGGAGGUACAGGGACCUUUUGGGGGAGGAGAGGCUGCAACGACCCCGCGACGCGCCAGCGGCCGCCGCCCCUGCAGGGGGAGCUGCGACACGCUCCCCGCGAGGCGCGCAGCCGAGGGAGUCGCCGCAGCCGCAGCCCAGGCGGCGGCGGCGAGAGAAGGAGAGGGAGGAGGAGCCAGCAGGUGCCGCAGCAGCAGCCGCCCACGCAGGUUUCAGUGGACUCGCUGUCACCGGCGCCCCGGAGGCGGCCGGGAGAGGCGGCGAGCGGACAGGCAGCUCCGGCUGUAGGGCGCCGGAGCCCGCGGCUGCAGCGGCACCUGCCCAAGUCGGAGCGAGGUGCGCGGCGGCGGAGACGCAGGGCCUUUGCUACGGGGAAUGUUUCCAGAACGGCCUGGGGGCACUCCCCGGCCAGCCGCUGCCCGACGCGCUCCCCGACUCGGCCACCGCAGAUGAGGAGCCGGCUCCAGCUGCCCAGGAUGACCGCUGGGCUCCCAAGCAGGAGCGGGAAGGCGCGCCCGCUGAGUCCGCGCAGGUGCGGGCAGCUCCUGGCUCGUCUUCUCCAACCGUCGAGGCUAAAGGGAGUGGGGUUCCCCCGCCUGCCCUCCUGUCCCGCCAUCCUUCCCCUGGAGACGCGCCGGAGCAAUUGACUCCCGCCGACCUGCAUUAUUCGACCCUGCAGCAGCAGCGCACUCGAGAAUGGGUGGCCAGACACCCCCAUAUACCCGAGGCCUGGGACCAGGGCCCCAUCCGAGCCUGGUCAGUGCUGCCAGACAACUUCCCCUCAGAACUGGGCUGGUGGGUCCCGGAACCUAACUCGUCUCUGCUAGACCCCCCUCCAGCCCCUCAUUCUCUCUUUCCUGUUGUUCCUGAAUCCUGGCCGUGGAACCCUCCUUUGACAGUCUUUCGUAGCAUUCGCUGUCAGCUGUCCCUCCAAGAUCUGGAUGACUUUGUGGACCAGGACAGCCACGGCAGUGACGAGAGCAGUAGUGGGCCCAAAGAGUCCCCUGGGGGUUCUGAAGAGGGACUGCACGUUGCCUUGGGAACCCCAGAUUGGAGAAAGCUUAGGAAUCCAGGUGGGGGCCUUUCUCCAAAGGAGGGCAGCCCCAGCAGGAGCCCUCAGGGCCUCAGGGACAGAGGAGAAGGUCACGCCUGUCAACAGGUCCCCAAAGGGGCUAAUGGCCUUGCAGGCCAUCAGCAGGAGCCUUUAUCCUGGCCAGCUCCCAAAUUAAGGAGAUCCCUUAGGAGGAGCUCUCAGGCCGAGAGAGCCAAAUUGUCCUCUUCCGAUGAGGAGAGCCUUGAGGAGGACUUCCUGAAAAGAAGUCGGCGCCCACAGCGGUCCAGGAAACCCUCCAAGGCGGGAGCAGUGUCCAGCCCCAGGGUGGAUGAGGCUUUGACAACAAAACCUGCCCACAUUAAGUCUGCUUUUGAGAGGGGUCGGCUACACAGCCUGUGGGCCCCAGGUAGGGAGGAGCCUGCAGCCUUGGUCCCACACAGACCUUCAGAGCACAAGCCGUCCCUGGUCCCCCUAGAUGCCAGGGAGCAUGAAUGGAUUGUGAAGCUUGCCACUGGGUCUUGGAUUCAGGUGUUGACUUUGUUCUGGGAGGAACCCCAGCUGGCUUUGCACAAGGAUUUCUUGACUGGGUACACUGCUUUGCACUGGAUAGCCAAACAUGGUGACCUCAGGGCCCUUCAGGACUUGGUCUCUGGUGCCAAGAAAGCAGGGAUUACUCUCGAUGUAAAUGUGAAGUCUGGUUGUGGGUAUACCCCGCUGCACCUUGCAGCCAUUCAUGGCCACCAGGGGGUCAUGAAAUUACUAGUGCAAAGGUUGGCUUCUCGGGUGAAUAUCCGGGACAACAGUGGGAAGAAGCCAUGGCAGUAUCUGACCAGUAAUACCUCUGGGGAGAUAUGGCAGCUGCUGGGAGCUCCUCGGGGCAAGCCUAUUUUUCCUGUCUAUUCCUUGGUCCGAAGCUCUUCCCCUACCAGGAAAGCCAAGAGCCGGGAAAUAUCUAGAAAUAUCACCCGGAAGACUUCCCUUGCCACACUACUCAAAAGUCAGCACAGCAAAUGGAAAUUGGCCAACCAGUAUGAGAAAUUCCCCACUCCAAGGGAAAGAGAAGAGUAUAGUGAUUGAAGUGGGACCCUCUGUCUGACAUGCAGCCACCACACCCCCAUCCUUGAGCUCCUCGGUGAGAGAAUUCAGGGGAAACAGAAAAAUUGCUGAGGAGUUGGUAAAGAGAGAGGUCAGACUAGAGUUUACCUGCCUGAAUUUUAGGUCAACACAUCUUGGACCUCAGGGAUCAGCCAGGCUCUCUGAGGGCUCAAGUUCUUGGGCCAGUGAAUCCUCUACUAGGGGUAGAGUCAGGUGCUUAAAACCCAGCAGGUGUUUCUUCUUCCUCCUUUGCCACCACAGAUGUGGGCACAGUAAGCCACACUGUUUUCCGAAGCAGUGAUCCCAGGCUAGGGAGGGAACAGAUAUAUCUAAUAAGAAGGGAGGCAUUUCGAGGAAUUGACGAAGCUCAAAUAAAAUCCUCUCUGGCUGGUAGAUCUCUGGCUUCUGUUCAAUGGAGAAUAAUUUGGCUGUGAGUGGAAAGCACCGGAUUUGAAAUCAGAUGGCUCCUCUCCCUCCCUCCCUCCUUCCCUCCCUCCCUCCCUACCUCCCUUCCUUCCUUCUUUCAUUCCUUCCUUCUUUCCUUCCUUCCUUCCUUCCUUCCUUCUUCUUUUUUUUUUUUUUGCAUUCAAAUCAGUGAAAUAAACUUAUUACUGGAGAGUAGAAUUUGAUUUAAGAGAUUCCUCAGCUCCAUCCUGGUCUUCCUUUGAAUGCAAUCUAUGGAGGCCAAUGCGUCAAAUAACUUGUGCCUCAUUUGGGUCUCUUCUCCAUGAUCAGAGAAGCAGUUGGGGGGUAAGAUCCAGUUAUGACUGACAUAUAGCCCUGAUUUUUUUUUGUUUAAAUCAACCUAAGGGAAACUCCAAAUGGAAAAACUGUUGGCUAAUUUGCCUGGUGACUGAAACCAUCUUUCAUGGAAACUCCCUGUGUCACAAACAACAGAAUUAGCAUCAGUAGUUUGCAAUAGGUUUGAAUGGCCAAUGUUCAUACUCAUGAAAGGAGAGAAGUGAUUUUGCUCUGGGAAGUGGUAUAGGUUAAGAGGUGAAUACCUCCCCACCAGGAGUUUUCUAAGCUGCUAAAUAUAAUUUUAUUUGCACUAAACUUGUUGCCAAUUAAGAUUAAAUAUUAGCCUUGAAGUGCUGUGUCUCUAACAGGAAGUGUUCUUUUAAUUACUUAUGACAGGACUAUCUUUGUGGGUCUGUGGAAUGAGAGAACAGCUUGUCUAUAAACAGCAGUAGCACAUCAAGAUUUGAGAAUAAAUUUAAAGAGGGCUGAAAAUGAAUUUUCCAAGUGGAAAUUGUUAAUUCUUUUAUGGAAAUGUUUUCGUGUGCUGUGGUAAUGAUGCUGUAUUUAAAAAAUAUUUUUAUAUUUCUUCUGGUUAUUUCCCCCCAUUAAAUGUCAACAAAUCUUCAUAAUUUAUUGUAUUUAUGUUGAUUACUGUUAACUUUCUUCUUUACAAAAUUGUGUCUCGGUGACUGUCAAAUAUUUUUUGCCAGGCUAGAUGUAGUUUUACUUUAUAAUUUUGCUGAAAUAAAUAUGUCUGUUCUAUUAGAAAACAUAAAAAAAUAGGCAUAAUAAAGAAAUUUAAGGAUUUUUUUUUCCCCAAAGAGACUUAUACAGGGGAUGAAACUUUGGCAGAUCAAAUCAAGAAGAAAGAAGGACAACCCCAGACAGUGAGCCAUGGUUAGUAGAGAUGGAAAUUUAAAAGAAUAAAAGAUAAACAUCUAUGCAAAUUCUCUAGUUGCUGGGUGAUUUUCAAGGGAAAAAAAAUCACAAAAAUGUCAACUUCUCUUAAAAGCCAAAGAAUGUUUUCAUUUUACCAUAUUUUUAUCACAAUAUCAAUUUAUUCAACAAAUGUGUUUUGCUCAGUGUUAUGGGAUUUAUGCAGGUGAGUGGGACAUGAUCUCUCACUUCUUGAAACUUAAAACCUAACAAGAUUUGUUGUUGAGUGAUUUAUACCCCAUCUUGCUCCCAACGGGUCUUAAAGCUGCAUUAUAUUAGAUAUAAGCUUUUAAAAUGAGGCAAGGAGAAAAAAAAAGUCGUACCAGGACAAAACAACCACAAUGCAAGAAGAAAAUUUCAAAGUGUAGUAAGUACAGAAUUAAGUCCUCCAGAGGAUUUCAGAGGAGAAAUCCUUUGGGCUGAGAAAAUCAAGGAGGGCUUCAUAGAAGCCAGGAAUCUUUUCGAAAGAUGCUGGCUUUCCAAAGAACCAGCUUUGUUGGUUCUACCACAUUCUUCACUUCAGCUUCAGUGUGUGAUUUGCAUAACUCUGGUGUUGGCUGAUUAGAACACAGUUGUGGGUCUCAAGUUCAUUCUCAUGAGGAUUCAGGUCCCUCAGGCCUUUGUCCACAUGUCACACCUAUGACUCUAGUGAACUCUCUUACCUGGUCAACAUGUGUGUUGGAAGGGGGCCAGGCAGAAGAGGAUGUUGAGCAAAGAGUAAAACAGAUCUGAUCAAAUCACCCUCAUACGUCGUAGUCGUAAAGUUCAGGCGAGGAGAGCUGCCAGCCCCAGUGCAUUUCCCCAGCAUCCUGCCAACCCCUCCCUGCUAUGAACCCUCCACGAAAGCCACACCAGCCUUUUGGGGGUACUAACCACCGUUCCCUCUCAGUUUCUGUAUUGAUGUUGAAUUCCUUCAGGUUAGAAUCCCUUUCGCUGUUUUCCUGGUGAACUUAGUUUUCCAGGUUCAGCUCAAAUGUAACAGCUUCUGUGAAGAUUCCAGGGUAAAGACCUCCCAGCCAGAAGAGGUAGAGCCUUCAUCAUUCUCAUAAUACUGUCUGCCCACCUACAGUUUUUUCCAUAUAUAUUUUAGUAAAUUGUUUGUUUUGUUUUUCCCUAAGACUUUGAACAUCUGGAGAUUAGAUCAUGUAUUUUCAAUUCAUCCAGCAGGAAAACACCUGGACCCAAGAGACCACAAGAAGUUGACACACAUAUAAGAGAAAUGGGAUUACGGUCAGGUGGUACCUAAGGUUACCUCUGCUUGCAGAUGUUUGCCUUUCCCUGGAAUUAAUCCUUUUCUCAAAGAAUCCCAAACUCUUCAUAGGAUUAAGAAU